AUGACGUCGGAUGGAGCCACGUCUGCGGCGACGGUGGCGCGAAGGAAGCCGUCGUGGAGGGAGAGAGAGAACAACCGGAGGAGAGAGAGGAGGAGGAGAGCCAUAGCUGCGAAGAUAUUCGCAGGGCUCCGAGCUCAGGGCAACUUCAAUUUGCCCAAGCACUGCGACAACAACGAGGUGUUGAAAGCUCUCUGCCUCCAGGCUGGCUGGACCGUCGAAGACGACGGCACCACCUAUCGCAAGGGAUUGAAGCCAACCCAAAUUGAUACACCGGGCACAUCAACCAUGAUCAGCCCUUACUCUUCUCUAAAUCCUAGUCCAAUCCCAUCCUACCAAGCCAGUCCUUCGUCGUCUUCCUAUCCAAGCCCAAGCCGUUUCGAUCCCAGCACUAAUUCAUCCAAUCCCAGUCGCUAUCUGCGCUCUGCAAUUCCUUCGUCUCUCCCUCCUCUGCGAAUUUCCAAUAGUGCCCCUGUAACCCCACCGCUCUCAUCCCCAACCUCCAGAAACCCCAACCCAAUUCCAAACUGGGACUCCAUUGCUAAACAGUCCAUGGCCUCUUUCGAUUACCCGUUUUCUGCUGUCUCUGCUCCGGCUAGCCCGACCCGUCACCAGCUCCAUUUUCCAGCUGCUACCAUUCCCGAAUGUGACGAGUCUGAUACUUCCACUGUUGAUUCUGGGCAAUGGGUUUGCUUCCGGAGAUUUGCUCCUUCUCUGUCAGCAAUGCCAGCCUCUCCCACUUUCAAUCUUGUGAAGCCUGUUGUUGCUCACCAAAACUUGCCUGACAGUGAGAUCCCAGAGGUAAAGCCGUGGAUUGGAGAGAAGAUUCAUGAGGUGGGAUUGGAUGAUUUGGAGCUCACACUUGGAAGUGGUAAGCCUCGAAGUUAA